GAGGGUAACGAAUUUAGUGGGCACAGCGCCGCCUCAGCCUUUGAAAUGUUGUGGUUGCACACUCACCAAUGUCUCUCUUUCAUUAUUUGCUCAACCCCACCACCUCCUCCACCAACCCACCAAACCGGUAAGCGAAAAAACCAAAAAAAAACAAGAGAUUUGAAAAACAAGUUAUUGCUGCGGCACCAUCAACAUCCCAACCAUAGGUAUUACUUUUCCACCAAACGUUUUUGGAUCUGCUAAGUCUAUUGCAUAUCUCUGUGAGAUCUACUUCUUGGGUUGAUGCUGUGUAUUUCAGUUGUAUGCCUAUGUGUGCAUAGGGAUUUGAUUGGUGAACCUGCGAUUUAGUUCUACAAGCAAAAAUGAAUUCUGCCAUGUGCUCAUCAUCAUCGUCAUCCACGAUUGCCUCUUCCUGCUGGCAGAAUCUUCGAAGCAGAAAACAUUAUCUGUUGGCACCUGAACCUUUUGCAAGGGUUGGUGACUCAAGUAUGAUAGAUACACUGCGAAGAUAUAACUGUAAGGAAGGGAAGGUUGUGAUUUCAAGUCAUUUGGUAUCUGGACAUUUGGAUGCAUCGCGUACAAGAAAAAAGUUGUUAAACCAGCCAGUUCCGAAGUUAGAAUUUGUACGCACUCUGCUAAUUGACAAUUAUGACAGCUACACUUACAAUAUAUUCCAGGAGCUUUCAAUUAUUAAUGGAAUGCCUCCGGUGGUGAUUCGGAAUGAUGAGUGGACGUGGAAAGAAAUUUAUUACCACUUGUAUGAAGAAAGGGCAUUUGACAAUAUUGUGAUAUCACCUGGUCCUGGUUCUCCAACAUGUCCAGCAGAUAUAGGAAUUUGCCUGAGGCUCCUCCUUGAAUGCAUUGAUAUCCCUAUACUAGGCGUCUGCCUUGGUCACCAGGCUUUGGGAUAUGCGCAUGGGGCUCAAGUUGUGCAUGCACCUGAACCUGUCCAUGGUCGUUUGAGUGAUAUUGAGCACAAUGGUUGUCAAUUGUUCCAUGAAAUUCCUUCAGGAAGAAAUUCAGGAUUCAAGGUGGUUCGGUACCAUUCCCUUGUCAUAGACCCAAAAUCACUCCCAAAGGAACUCAUUCCCAUAGCUUGGACCUCUACGACUGAGACACUCCCUUUCCAUGGUGUUGGACAAUCCGAUUCAUUCUUUCAUGCAUCCAAAGAAGCAGAAGAUAUUUUUCGUGGGAUGUCGGAGUUAUCAAGUGAAUCAAAGGAUGUGCAAGGUGGAAAAGUCCUUAUGGGUGUCAUGCAUUCUAGUAGGCCUCACUAUGGAUUGCAGUUCCACCCGGAGAGUGUUGCAACAUAUCAUGGAAAACAGCUUUUCAAAAAUUUCCGGAAAAUCACAGAGGAUUAUUGGCUCAGGUUAACGUCAGCCUCCAUCAAUGAGAGAAGGGUUCAUUAUGCUGCAUGCAUGCAGGUUCCUAUUGUAAGCCCGCUGUCCCAAGGUGCUGCAAGAAAUGGGCAUCUGGUGAAUAAAUCGGUUGAGCGGAGAACUGUCAAAAUUGAUGAAAUCUUAAAUCUAUCACAUCCGAAGUACAGUGUAAAAUUUUUGAAGAUGACAUGGAAAAAACUAGAUUGCUCUGCCAGCCAAGUUGGUGGAGCGGAAAAUAUUUUCUGUGAACUAUUUGGAGAUCAAAAGGCUAAAAACAGUUUCUGGCUGGAUAGUUCUUCAAUAGAAAAGCCGCCGCCGCCUCUUCCCGCCGCCGCCGCGUUCCUAACCAUGAUUCAGCUUAUUCAGGGAAGGGCUAGAUUUUCCUUUAUGGGGGGAAAAGGAGGUUCACUCUGGAAGCAACUUACGUUUAGAUUGUCAAAUCGCAGUGACAUAACGUGUAAAGGAGGUGAUCUAUCAGUUGAAGAUGCUUAUGGCCAUGUUAAAACUACAUUUUUGGAAGAUGGAUUUUUUGAUUAUGUAAAUAAGGAGCUCCUAUCAUUUUGUUUUGAUGAGAAGGAUUAUGAAGGAUUACCAUUUGAUUUCUAUGGUGGUUACAUUGGUUAUAUCGGGUAUGAUCUCAAAGUUGAAUGUGGCAUGGCAUCUAAUCGUCAUAGAUCGAAGGCACCAGAUGCUUGUUUAUUCUUUACGGAUAAUAUUAUUGUCAUCGAUCAUCAGUGUGACGACAUAUAUACUUUGUCACUACACAAUGUGAGCACAAAUAGUACUUCAUACUUGGACGAUGUGGAGAAGAGGCUGCUCGACUUGAGAGCUUCUAUGACCAAAAGGUUGCAAUCACGGGCAUCUCGAGGAUUGGCAAUGGUCCAACUAAAAUCAGGUUUUUCUGCUGAGAAAUCAAGAGAGGAGUACAUCAAAGACGUUAAGAGUUGUCAAGAUUUCAUAAAAGAAGGAGAAAGUUAUGAGUUGUGCCUUACAACCCAGAUGAGAAUGAAAUUGGGGGAAAUAGAUUCUCUGGGACUUUAUCUUAAUCUCAGAGAAAGAAAUCCCGCACCAUAUGCUGCCUGGCUUAAUUUUUCAAGGGAAGACCUAAGCAUAUGUUGUUCUUCUCCUGAAAGGUUCCUACGAUUGGAUAGGAAUGCAAUUCUGGAAGCAAAACCCAUAAAAGGGACUAUAGCUCGUGGUUCCACCCCUAAAGAAGAUGAAUUUCUGAAACUGCAAUUAGAAUACAGUGAAAAGGAUCAGGCGGAAAAUUUGAUGAUUGUUGACCUGUUGAGGAAUGACCUCGGGCGUGUGUGUGAGCCUGGCUCUGUUCAUGUCCCACAUCUCAUGGAAAUCGAAUCCUAUGCAACAGUUCACACCAUGGUCAGUACGAUCCGGGGGAAAAAGCGAUCAGACGUAAGUGCAAUUGAAUGUGUUAGAGCUGCAUUUCCUGGUGGGUCAAUGACAGGUGCACCAAAGUUGAGAUCAAUGGAACUUCUUGAUCAUCUUGAAAAUUGUUCUAGGGGCAUCUACUCGGGCUGCAUUGGAUUUUUCUCUUAUAACCAAGCAUUUGAUCUCAACAUUGUGAUAAGGACUGUUGUCAUACACGAAGGAGAAGCUUCAGUAGGAGCAGGGGGAGCCAUUACAGCUCUUUCAGACCCUGAUGAUGAGUAUGAAGAAAUGAUUUUGAAAAGUCGAGCACCCACUAAGGCUGUUCUUGAACAUCAGAGCAGCAUCAUCUUCUCAGACACACAUAAGUGACAUGACCACUUGAAAAACCCAGUGAAGAAUAUGGGUAUAGUACUCAUUCAGUUGUUUCUGAAAGGUGGGAGCAAAUGCAGCUUCUUGUAGUUAAAAGGAAGAGAGGAAACCGUGGAUGGAAGUAGCAGGUAGCCUAUGAUUCAUACAAAUAUUGGUCAGCACAGCCUAUUCAUUCUUUUGAUCGCGGUUAUUGGAAAAUAUAUCCAUUAUAGCAUACAAAUCUACAGUGACCUGCAGCGACUAAAAUACUGUACAUAGGAAUCUGAAGGACCUGCAGGAAUUUACAGAAAUGUUUGUAAACCUGUAAUAAUACUGAAUCGAUAGUUCACAUGUUUGAUUCUUUAUUGUAAAAUUGUCGAACAAUUUUUUUA